ACUAUUAUUUAAGAAAACGAACUACACCCGAUUGCAGGCAGUUCAGACAGACAGGCUCAUCUACAAUAGAACACUUGAGUGACCAAUUACGAGAUGCGAUAAAUACGAGUCAGCGUUCUGGGGGGUUCCCCAGACGAGCUCUCCAGCUCUCUGGAUUCAGAUUCAGAUUCAGAUUCAGGUUCAUCAUACAGACACUCGGUUGAUCGUUAGGCGUGCAAACAUAGACUUUCGGUUUCUGGGCGGACUCUGGACCAUUUUGGCGCGGUCUGGACGACUGAGAGAUGCGCUGCACUCAUGUGGCGCUGUGAGCUACUUAAGUGUAAUUGCAGUAAAUGCAAAUUUUUGCCUUUUUGCAAAUUAUUUGAAUUAAGAAUUGAAUCGCAAUCGCGAGGUGGACUAUAAAUGGGACUGCAGAUCGGGGCAGCCGUUUCAGAGCGUCGCUGGAAAUCACUGCGGAAACAUGUCGCUGGGCAUCUUCCAACUAUUCAGCAUAAUCUUGCUAAUGGAUCCGGCCGAGAUGAUCACCGGUGGUCCUCCGCAGUCCAAGGAUCUGCCCAUCCAGAGUCUGGAUGAGUUCAGGCAGAAGUACCUGCUACCGCUGAUCUCCUCGGACACCAGAAACUGCAGUCUGAAUGCCUGCGAAUCGCUGGGCAUUGUAUCCCAGCUACUAAUGCUCAUCAAUUCGAUGCCCAAUGGAACGCACAGCACCUCCAGUGAUCGGAAACCUUUGAAACCGAAGGCCAAUGGCCAUGGCAACGGAGAUGUGGCCAGUGGCGAGGUGAGUGCCAUGUCCCAUUUGGCCAACUUCGAUCUGGUGAAGCGGGUGCGGCAGAUCGAGAGUCGCCUGCGGUCCGUGGAGCAGCCCGUCUGGCACCUGGCCACUGGCAGCCAGAUCGAGUGGAACCACUGCACCUCGGGCGUGUGCCGCUGCAAUCCGGACACCAAGAGCUUCACCUGCUGGAACACCAAUCUGAAGUCGGUGCCGGUCACCCAGGUCAUACCCAUGAAUAUGGUGUAUAUAGAUCUCUCCCGCAACAUCCUGUCCACGCUGCACAAGGACACCUUUCGCGGACUGACAGUCCUCAAGGAGCUGGACAUAUCACACAAUGUGCUGGACUUCCUGCCCUUCGAUUUGUUCCAGGAUCUGGACAGUCUGCUGGUACUGCGCAUUCAGAACAAUCAACUGGAGGACAUUGACCAUCGUACCUUCUGGAAGCUGCGCCAUCUUAAUAUUCUUGAUCUGCAUAAAAAUGAGAUUGGCAUGCUGCCCGAAUCGAUAUUCUAUCACUGCCAGAGGCUCACCGUGAUCAAUAUGUGCGACAAUAAGAUUCAGAACUUUCCACCCAACCUCCUAAGAGAUCAGCUAAUGCUCGAGGAACUGGAUAUGUCGCGGAACAAAAUCACUGAAUUAAUGUCGGGCAGCAUACGAUUUUUGAGCAAACUGAAGACACUCGAUUUUGGAUGGAAUCAGAUAUCCAAAAUACAUGAUGACUUCUUUGUGGGCCUGAAGAGUCUGCGAACUCUUUCGCUGCACAACAAUCGCAUAUCAUCGCUUUCGGCCACCAUUUUCAAUAAUCUGGCCAACUUGGUGACCCUUGACUUAACCAUGAAUCGAAUAAGUCAUAUUGAUGGCCAUGCCUUUGUGGAGCUAAGCAACCUAAAUGAAUUGUUUUUGGGCCAGAACUCCAUGUCCAGCAUUCCAGCAGAUCUUUUCCUGAAUGUCAGUGCUCUCACUCGAUUGACACUAUUUUCCAAUAAUCUCACCACCUUGGAGGCUGAUGAUUUUCAGGGUUUGAGUAAUCUCAAAAUCUUGUUGCUCAACAAUAAUGUACUCAAAAAUUUCGAUGCCAGCGCUUUUGAGCCUCUCACACAACUGGAAAAACUCCGCAUAGACUCGAAUAAGUUGAUGUUCCUGCCCCAUGGAGCUCUGCAUGGCCUGGAAAAGUUGGUGGCCGUCAAGCUGGACAAGAAUCCGUGGCACUGCGACUGUCGAGCCCUCUACUUGGCCAGGUGGAUCCGGGAGUUUGUGCUGAAGCUGUGGGAUGGCCAGCAGCCCAUGUGCCGCGGUCCGGGCGACUUGGGAGGUCACGAGGUGGGUCUGCUGCGAUACGAUGACCUCUGUGACGGACAGUGGGCCAGCAUGUUGUCCCUGUCACCACGGCUGCCAGUCAGGAAGCAUCAAAUAUCCACGCCAAUGAACUACACGGAUUACUUCAAUCUGUACCUGAAGCACAUCUACAAUGGCACCACCGAUGAGGAGCUCAAGGAGGCCGACAUAACCAGCGUGGCCAUUAAAAAGGUUCACAAUUAAUACAAAAUAGGAAAAUAUAAUGUAUUUAAUAUAUAAAUUGUUUACCUUUU